CAAUCGUGUGGAAAAUCCAAACGAGAUCCAUUGAUUAAGUGAAUCGAUUUUCUUCAUCUUAUUUUCUUCUAUUUCAGAUUUUCUGAAUUUCUCCACAACAACCAGCGAUCGAGGAUCCACAGUCAGUGAAUCGAGUUAAAUUAAAAUAGAUUCUUGCCCUUCUUCUUUUCGAUUUCCAGUUUCUUUUACUGAAAUAGCACCGGUGAAUGUGAAUCUCGAUUCUUGCACUUCUUACUUUCGAUUUCCAGUUUUUUUUUUCUUGAAAUUAAGACGAAAUCGAGAAUAGAGUCUGUGUAGAAUCUGAGUAUGAGAGUAUUUGACCCUCUGAUUGUUAAUAUCUCUUCUCGCCGUGUUUUCUCACCGAUAACAACCUUACAUCAAUAAAGCUAACGUGGAGAUGAAGGAUAAGAAGAAAGGCCACAACACUAAAGUUUCCACCACCGGAGGCGUCCUAUCACCUUCGAAGCUACUAUUAUCGCAUUUGAUUUGCGGCAUUGGGUUAGCUUCAUCAUUUUGGCUAGCAAUUAAUGUGUACUCCAUCAAUUUGAUCGAUAGUCCAACCGAAACUCUUCGUUUAGUAUGGCUGAUUGAAGUCCCAGUUGUGAUUUUGAUAUACAGUCUCUUUCGGAAAGAUAAGAAUCAGAGUUCGUACUUGAAGGCUGUAGCUAGAGGUUUACUAGGGCUUCCAAUUGGGGCAAUCAUCAAUGCACUUGGAGCUAUUGCUUUAGGGGCACCUAUUGGAACUCAGUACUUCCAAAGAACCCUCAGUUGGUCUCUUCUAAUGUCUGCAUUUACAUUUGUUCCUGCAGCUUGUGUGUAUGGUUCUUCAUGGAUUGAUUGGCAACAAACAUUUGUGCAUACAAAGCUAAUUGGAAUUAUUGAUUAUAUGAUCUGUUUACCUGCACAUGGAGCAGUAAUUGGAGCUUGGUUUGGGGCAUGGCCUAUGCCCCUUGACUGGGAAAGAACAUGGCAGGAAUGGCCAAUUUGUGUGACUUAUGGGGCAAUUUUUGGGGAGAUUAAACUAAAAGGAAAGAAAAGGUCCCAGAAAUCAGAAUAG